UACUUGCUAUUUUUGGCGUACAAACAUGUGUAUGGUGGUUUGAAGUGUGGGAGGUAUUGCUUCGAAUAUUUUUGUGUACAAAAGUUGUUGGAUAUACGUGUCUUUGUGUUUGUGUUACAUCUGAAAGGAAACAAUGCCACAGGGUAAAUUAAAGGUCAAAGCUAAAGUGCCAGAGGGCUCAAAAACGAAGAAGAAGGCUGGGAAAGGGCGUGGAGUUACAAAGCGCACAACUAAGUCAGUGACACCAAAAAAGCAAAAGCAACAGGAAGCUCAGAAACUGAAGAAAGCAAUCACAAAGACAGUAAAUCAGGCCAUGGAAGAAGAGCUGAGGGCUCAAGCUCUUGAUGGGAAGAAGUCUCUUCUUUCAAAGAAAAAGGCUGCCGCUACCCCAGCAAAAUCACCAGCCAAGCCGAAAAGAGGGAAGAAGAAAUAGAAGAUACAACAACAAAUUAAAGGAUUUUCAGAUUUAGAGCCAUUUUUUUUUAAAAAAAAGGAAAUAUGUUCUUUAAGAUUGGCAUAAUGUAAUUCUUAAGUAUUUAGUUUGAGCUGAGUUAUUUUAAUCAUAGGACAAGUGUCAGGCAGUGUGAUCUUCAGAUUUAAGUCCAAAUAUGUCAGAGGUUGUUUGGUGAGACUUCUUACACAAACUGUUACAUCGAUUGCAAUUUUAUACCCAAGUAAAACACGGACUUUUCCAAUAUUGUGUGCAAUAUAAAGGUUCUCUGAUAAAUUCGGCAGUUGUGUGGUAUGUUUGCUGAAAAGAACUUUCAUUUCCUUCUCUGUUUAAUAAUUGCAGACGAUUACCAAGAGUUUAUUACAAUGUGAACGUUCACAGCACUCGCAAUAGCUACAACAUUGUAAGUUGUGGUUGCCAGGUAACCUGGGACAUUACUCCAGCAUUUGCUGUAUAAGCUUUCACAUAUUGUAUGCUUUCUGAAUGAAGUGUUGGCAGUGACAGCUGAAAUGGAUGUUAAUUUCAUGUGUGUCAUUUGAUUUGAAGUUUAGUGUCGUCCCAUUUGACUACAUUUUUAGGAGCUCUGACAAAAAUUGCAUUUUGUGUUUAACAAAUGGGAUAUUGGUGUGACAAUAGGAGUAAAGGUAUUUUAGUUUCAAAUUACACUCCAUACCUAGAGAUCAGAACUAAAUAAAGUUUAUUGUACCAGUGCUGUUAGAAGUGAUCAGUAUUUAGUGGAGUAGUCCACUAUACUUUUUCACUCUGUACUUUUUGUGCUACUGUGUUGGUAUAUUUUAUGAAGGCCUUGUAAAGAAAAAUAUUAAAAGUCCAUGUGCUAUUGAAAUCACUAUUUGCUAUGUGAAUCCAAAAUUUUGGGAAUAAUGUAUCGUGCAAUAAUGUGAAAAUAAUAUGCAGUGCUCAUUGGAAGCAGAAUUUUGACUUAAUUCGACCACGUCAUUGACAGGAAGCACAAAGUACAGGAUAAGAGAAAAAGUUUAUUUGAAGAAGAAACGUAUCCAGGAAUGCAUUUCUGUUGCAUGUGCAAGUCUAUUUUACAUAGAAGCCUUUCUGAUUGAAGGUACUUCAUUGUAAUGUAUAACUAGUAAUAUUAUUUUAGAUCACCAACAAAAAGACGAUAGUUUCUGUUGUCUUUGACAGAUUUUUUUCUUUCAGUUGUUUCAUUGACUUGCUAUGUUUUCGUUGUUGUUGUGCUGAGUCCAGAAAACACAAAAGGUACAAGAUAAUUUAAUCACUAGUCGCACUGCUGCUUCGAAAGAUUCUUUUGAUGCUCUUAUUUAUUUAUUGUGCAGGACCUCUUUGGAAUCAAAGUCUGCAUAACUACAAAAUACAUUGUAACAAUCAGCUAUGUUUCUAAUAGCAAGAUGCAUUGAAAAAAAAAUAAUUGUGAUAGAUAGAGGGACCAAGUACAACUGAUACUUCAGAAAGUAUGUGAAUUAGGAGAAAAAGUUGAGUGUUUUAGAGGCUGAGUAAAACACAUUCAUCUCUCCACCUGCCCUUCCUAUAACAACGUGAUUGAAAUGUAUUAGUUAAAUAUUCAAUGGUAUGGGUGAUCCAGUCAUUUGGAUUUUUUUAUGUAAAUGGUACAUUUCAACCAAAAUUGAAAUUGAGCUGUUAUAAAUGGUGCAGGGUGGAUUGUAGUGCUCCGCUCCUUUGGGCUGCUGUUUUACUAUAAUAUGUGUGUUUUAUGAUACCUUUAAGAUAUUGUAGAUCGUACUGCCAUGUGCAGAACAUUAUGACUCAAUAUUUGCCUUGUACUUCAAUCAGUAUGUUAAUUAUUUUCGUUUUAUAAGGCUUAAUCACUUACUAAAGCCUUUCUGAAAAUCAUCCUGGUCAGAAAGCAGAUAACACACUGGACUCCUGCUACGUAGAUGUUGAAUUCUCACUGCAAGUGUUCAUCAGAUGUAUUAACAAUAUGCACAGGUUAAGGCAAAAUUACUGUAAAUUGACACAUUUCAGAAAAUUUAUUUUGCUUAUAUUUUUACUGUUUUCUUUUGUAACAGCUUAGCACAGUUACACCAUACUGUAAUCCACUUUUUAUCCCCAUCUUAUUCAACGAGGUUAAACUGGUUUGCACACUUCUACAAUGUGCUCUAUUUUAUUUGGAAAUUACAUGUAUAGUUAUGGUAGAGAGUGUACCAUAAAUGAUUUUCAUGUACAACUGCACUAAGAAUAUCCACACUACAGUUAUAACUGCAUUCGUAUUGAUAGCUAAAUUUUACAUAUUUGUGUAUCGCAGGCAAAACACUAUUAAAUGAGUUAUCUGAGCAAGCUUCAUACCCCAACAUACAUCUUUAAUGUAACAGAGCUUCAGUCCACUUCAAAGUUUUAAUUUGCUGGGUGAAUAACCAUUGAACACUAAUAGUGAGAGUAGUCGUUCAAUCCAGAAAUUUUGUUGGUAGCUGUGAUGUGGCUGGCAUAGUGCUUGGUGUCCACAAUGGUGCUGGGCAUAUACCACUGUACCUGAAUAUCUCAUAAUUGUAUAUAAAGGCUUAUGACAUUGCAGAAUUGAAUUUGCUCUACUGAGCUGGUGGCUCUUAAUUACUUUAAGAAAUCUUUUUCUUGAUGAGAAAAAGAAAAUGUCCAAAAAUUAUUGUAGAGCACUUCUAAUAGCACUGGUAGUAGGUACUAUUUUUCAAAGAGGCGUAAAAGAAUAUUUCAGAAUACUAAUAUGAAACAUAAUUAAUUAAAAUGUUAUUGCCAGUUUUUAUAAAUGUUAUGGUUAAGUGUUAUUCAGAUAAUUUAAUCAUAUAAUUAAAUGCAUUGCUGUUAAUGAUGAACGUUUAAACAGAGUACAAAUAAUUCAGGAGAUGAUGUAAAAGUGCAAAAGAAAAGGUAUAUUAUUUGUAUAGAAUUCAUUGUCUGACUGAUUAAUCUGCAAUCUGCACUUCACUGUAUAAUUGUAAUGUUUUAACACAAAUAAACUUUUCUUUGGAAAA